AUGGGGCACUGGGACGAAGUGCAGCAGCAGCAGCUGGAGCAGCAGCAAGAAAAGAAGAAGCUGCUGCAGCAGCUGCAUGACCGGCAGCAGCAGCAGCCGCCUCCGGGCCAGCAGCAGCAGCAGCCAGCGCAGCAGCAGCAGCCGCAGGAUGCAGCAGCGCAGCAGCCUGCCAAGCUGCCUUCUGUCCCCUACGCCUGCAGCAGCAGCAGCAGCAGCAGCAGAAGCUUCUUUGAGUGGCUGAAGGCCAACGACGACGACCAGCUCUGGCGCUGCGCCUGGGGAGCCCAGGCAAGCAGCAGCAGCAGCAGCAGCAGCAGCAGCAGCAGCAGCAGCCCAAUUCUUGUUAUAGACGCGGGCUCUCACUGCAUUAGGGUUUCGCGUGCUGAGAGGGGCCCCGAGGUCAGCCACGGGGCCCCACAUGGCCUGGGGCCCCCCAGUAGCCCUGCUGCUGCUGCUGCUGCUGCUGCUGCUGCUGCUGUUGCUGCUGCUGCUGCUGCACUGGCUCGCAGCAAAUGGGGAGUGUCUAUACACCCCGUUUUCUGUUCCCUGCCAACUUCCGCAGCUGCUGCUGCAGCGGCUGCUGCCGCUGCCACAUCCUUUGUAUUUGCUGCUCUUACUACUAUUACUACUACUGCUGCUGUUGCUGCUGCUGCUGCUGCUGCUGCUGCUGCAGAAGUUUGCGGGGACGGCUAUUUGCCUGGCUUUAGAGGGACAGUCACGAACUGGACUCUUUAUGAAGAUGCCCUUCUUGAUGUACUCACAGCACCCGACUCAGGGGUGCACCCGGAGACUGUGGGGGGCCGCUUCUUGUGGUGCGAAAGCAGCUUAAGGUCUCCAGAGCACUUCGGCCGCCUUGGGGAGAUUUGCUUCGAGCUGCUGGAGGCGGAAAGGUUCCUUUCAGUGGACAAGGACACACUUUCGGCUUUGGCGAUAAGCGGCUGCUUGCUGAGUCCCGCUGAACUGUCUGCGGACCUGGGAGACAGCAGCAGCAGCAGCAGCAGCAGCAGCAGCAGCAGCAGCAGCAGCGCGCUGCAGGUGCUGCGCUGCAUGCAGCACUUCUCGGGACUCAUUGUGGACUUGGGCGCUUCUCUCAUUCGCAUAACUCCCAUUUUGUCUGGACAAGCUUUGGGCUGUUUGGCUGUGGAGUUGCCGCUGGGGGGCAGAGACAUAGACUCUUUUCUCUGCAGCAGCUUGCUGCAGCAGCAGCAGCAGCAGCAGCAGCAGCAGAGGCAGCAGGAGCUGAAGCAGCCAGUCAAAGUCGACUUCAGGCCUUGCUACUGCGCAAUGGCUGCAGCGCGCUCGGUAAAGGAACAAGUCGUCUGCUGCGCCACAGAGAGAGGGCUCGUUUUUGCUGCGGAAACAUCUCUGGCUAGGAAAAACCCCUGCAGUGUACGUACACCUCGAGGCUGCAGCCGCUGCAGCAGCAGCAGCAGCAGCAGCUUCUGCAGCAGCAGCUGGCCGGGCGCAGACUACAACAGCAACACGAAGAAGCGCCGCUGCGAGGAGGGACUCUGGGAAGCCGCUGAGGACACACAUGUGAAGCACCAGCAGCAGCAGCAGCAGCAGCAGCAGCAGCAGCAGCUCGAGACUCAGUGGCUGGUUGGUGACUGUCGCGUUGCUGCUGCCGAGCUUCUGUUUGACGCAAAGACCCUCACAGAGUACAGACACAGCCGGGCCGAGGCGGAGCCCCUGAGCGCCCUCCAUUUGCUGCCGCUGCAGACAGCCGUGGCAGCUGUGGUGGAGAAGUGCCCCAUAGACACUCGAAAGUGUUUGCUGCAAAAUGUUUUCGUUGUGGGGGGCACGUCACUCAUACCCGGAGUGGCGGUUCGCCUUCAGACGGAGCUUAGGGAGCUGUACCGAUACCGCAAAGCACAUGCUUCCUUCCUUCCCCGUGUGCAUGUGCUGCCUCACCCGGAGCUGCAGCAUAUUCAGUUUGUUUGCUGCCUGCCGUCUGUUUCCAUCCUGAGCGCUUUUGAGGCAGCAGCAGCAGCUGCUGCUGCUGCUGCUGCAGCUGCUGUGUGGACUGCAGAAGAAGAAAAGAAGGCAGCAGCAGCCAAGCAGCAGCAACAAGUGCACGAGCUGCAGAAGAAGCAACGGCAGCAGCAGUCACGUAGCAGCAGCAGCAGCAGCAGCAGCAGCAAUAGCAGCUACAGCAGCAGCAACAGCAGCAGCAACAGCAGCAGCUGCACUGUGUGUGCGUGCAGUCAUGCGGCCGUCUGUGGGGGCUUUCGGUUUGGUGUCCAGCACCACUACGAUCUGAAUAACAUGACGAGGGAGCAGGUGAGCAGCAGCAACACAGCAGCAACGCAGCAGCAACACAGCAGCAACGCAGCAGCAACACAGCAGCAACGCAGCAGCAACACAGCAGCAACGCAGCAGCAGCACCAGCAGCAGCAAGGCGGCAGCAAGGCAGCAGCAAGGCAGCAGUUGAAGCACAGCACUAGUGGCUCAUUUCGAGGCAGCGCCGUUAAGUACUAUGAGAACGGACCUUCUCUGCUGGAGAGCUUUAGCUGUCGCGGGCGCCUCCGCUAA